AUGUUGAUACUUCUGAGUGACAUCAAUCAGAAAUUGGACUCUCAAAAUCAAAUAGUGAACUCUCACUCUCAAUCCAUCACCAAGUUAGAGGCUCAAAUGGGACAGAUGACUAAUACCCUCAACACGAGAGAAGAGGGGGCACUUCCAUGUCAGCCGGUGGCCAACCCAAAGGGACACUACAUGAAGGAAAAGGGUAAGCAAGUAAACAUUGAGGCUUCUUCUUCAUCAGCUCCGACUCUUGAGAUACCAUAUGAGCCUCAGGCUCCAUUCUCGGAACGUCUCAAGGCACCUUCUCACUUUGGGAAACAAGGAGAGAAAAUACAAGAUAUGAUGGAGGUCUUCAAACAGGUAAAAAUCAAUCUCCCACUCCUUGAUGCCAUCAAGCAAGUACCUGCCUAUGCAAAAUUCCUCAAGGACUUGUGUACUCAGAAAAGGAAAAGCAGAAAUCAUAUUCCCAAGAAAGUCCUUCUUACUAAGCAUGUGAGCUCCCUGAUUCAGUACAACACUCCUCUGAAGUUCAAGGAUCCUGGAUCCCCUACAAUUUCAUGUAUCAUCGGACAGAGUAAGAUUGAUAAAGCACUCCUAGAUCUAGGAGCAGGUGUGAAUUUACUUCCCUAUUCAAUGUAUCAGCAGCUUGGCCUAGGGGAACUGAAGCCCACCACAGUGAUUCUACAGUUGGCUGAUCGGUCUAUUAAGAAACCAAGAGGGGUAAUAGAAGAUGUCAUCAUCAAAUUAGAUAAGUUUUUCUUCCCAGUGGAUUUCAUCGUACUUGACAUUGAGCCCAUUCCCAAUCUUGAGAAGCUGAUCCCGGUCAUCCUUGGGCGCCCUUUCUUAGCCACGGCCAAUGCAUGCAUCAACUGUCGUACAGGAGUCAUGGAGAUCUCUUUUGGUAAUAUGAAGGUCAGGCUAAAUAUCUUCAAUGCAUUCCAGCAUGCACCUGAUCAGAAUGAGUGUUUCUUUGUGGACAAAAUUGAAGAAUUUGUAGAAGAUUCACUCCCCAGUGUUUUGGCAAGGGAUCCUUUGGAAGACUGCCCAACUCACUUUGGCUCUGAAGACUUCAACACCAAUCAAUACAUUGAUGAGGUCAAUGCCUUGCUAGAGACAGCUGCUAGUGCAGAUUUUCAUCCAUGGAGACUACCCAAGGAGCCCCUACCUCAAACUUCAAGCACUCAUCCCAUUCCUUCCCUUGAGUCUCCACUGAAGCUUGAAUUGAAGCCACUGCCAAACAAGCUCAAGGAUGCCUUCCUCAGCUCUAAUGAUACCUUUCCGGUCAUCAUUGCUUCAGAUCUACAAAAGGACCAAGAAGACAAUUUAUUAGCAUUAUUGAAGAAGCAUAAACAGGCUAUUGGAUGGACUGUAGCUUAUUUGAAGGGCAUUGACCCCUCCAUCUGUAUGCACCAGAUUCAUUUAGAGGAAGAUGCUCGACCGUCUCGUGAGGCACAGCCCCGGCUGAAUCACAAUAUGAUGGAGGUAGUGAUGAAGGAGGUGGUCAAAUUACUCGAUGCAGGUAUCAUCUACCCUAUCUCCGAUAGCAAGUGGGUGAGCCCCGCCCAAGUGGUUCCAAAGAAGUCUGGGAUCAUAGUGGUAGAGAACUCAGCUGGCAAAUUGAUUACCCAGCGCACAACUACGAGAUGGCGCGUCUUAUUGACUACCACAAGCUCAACUCCCAUACUCGAAAGGAUCACUUUCCACUCCCACUCACUUUCCACUUUCAUCAUGAAGCUUCCCGACUGGUCUUUGCCGUUUGAAAUCGUGUGUGAUGUAUCUGAUUAUGCUUUGGGCACGAUCCUAGGACAACAUGAAGGCAAGCUUCCUCAUGUCAUCUACUUUGCUAGCAAGACUCUGAUGGAUGCUCAAUUCAAUUACACAACAACAGAAAAAGAGCUGCUAGCCAUUGUCUUUGCCUUGGAUAAAUUCCGCUCAUAUCUUCUGGGAUCCAAGAUAAUCUGCCGCUGUGUUCCCUGGGCCUAUCGCACAGCUUACAAGACACCAAUCGGUAUGUCUCCAUACCGGAUUGUUUAUGGCAAGGCAUGCCAAAGUCCUGUGGAACUAGGGCACAAAGCUCUGUGGGCAAUCAUGCAGUUCAAUUUUGACAUGAAAGAAGCUGGCUCUCAUCGGAAACUGCAGUUGACAGAAUUGGAGGAGCUGCGCAAUGAUGCAUAUGAGAAUGCCCACAUUUACAAGGAAAAGACAAAGGCAUUUCAUGACCGACAUAUUCUGCCCAAGUCCUUUGUGCCAGAACAAAAGGUAUGGCUUUUCAAUUCCAAACUCCAGCUCUUUCUAGGGAAGCAUCACUCCAGAUGGGAUGGCCCUUUCAUUGUCACGUCAGUGUCUCCACAUGGCCCCGUCAAAUUACAAGACCUAAAGGAUGGCACUUUGUUCAAAGUCAAUGGCCAAAUAUUGAAGCCCUACAUAAAGGGUGUUGCACAGAAUGAAGAUGCUACUUCCAUCCACUUGACAGAUCCCAUCUACUUGGACUAG